AUCGAACUGGAGCAAGAUGAAAGGCUUGUAUAUUGUAACAAGAUACCUUCCCUUUGUCGUUCUCAUCACAGAUCUGUAUAGUGCGAUGUUGGUCAAUAUUAGCUCAGGUUUUUUCAUCCUCAGAACAUAUGCGCUCUGGAACAGAAAUAGAAUCUUGCUCGUAACCCUCCUGGGCAUUUUUUUCCCGUUUCUCGUAGCAUCCGUCAGCAUUAUCGUCGACACUACCGUUUCUGCGACAUAUGCGACUAGCCCGAUCCCGGGCAUCACAGGGUGUUACCAGAGUUCAACCAGUGACCGGAUUUUUAUCCCAUUCCUUCUCUUUUCUGUGUUCGGACUGGGGCUCAUGAUCCUCACGCUCAUACGUGCCAUACAUAGCUGGCGGAGAAAUCCAAGCCAUCUGUAUGUUGUCCUGGUGAACCAUAACAUAUUCUAUUAUGCUUGCGCUUUCUUAUUCUCGACAAUGAACAUCUUCACAUCGCUGCUCCUCCAGGAUACGUACCGGACCGUUUUGAAUAGUUUCCAGUUUCUGACCCUCGCGAUUGUUGCCGCGCGCAUGCACAUCCAUCUCUGGCAGACAAGCCAACAUCUACUCGGCUCUGGCGGCCUGGUUCAUAUUCCAUUGUCCGACAUGUCAUCUGUGAACGUCACGGAGUGA